UUGCCAUUUUUGUCUGUGUAGGUUAAGCUGAGAAAUGUGGACUCAGAAAUAUGCAAAGGAAAGGAAAGAGGUGGUGGUCGCCAGCAACCAAUUGGUCGGAAUCGCCAUUGACAAGGAUAAAGGAAGCCAAAAUGCUCUCAAAUGGGCUACUGAGAAUCUCCUUCAAAAGGGCCAAACCGCCAUUCUUAUCCAUGUCAAGCUCAGAUCUUCGUCCCAUUCAGGUUCUUCUUAUGCUUCCUCUGAUUUGAUGUCCAACAAUGGCAGUGGCAAUGUUUUAGUAAGCAACGAAAUCGACCCGAGCACGAGGGAUUUGUUCCUUCCUUUUCGAUGCUUCUGCACCCGGAAAGAUAUAUUCUGCAAAGACAUUGUUAUUGAAGAUGUAGAUGUUGCAAAAGCAUUGAUUGAAUAUGUCACUCAAGCUGGAAUCGACACUUUGAUCGUCGGUACCACGACUAAAAGUGGCUUCUUGAGAUUCAAAACGACAGAUAUUCCAGGCACAAUUCUCAAAGGAGCACCAGAUUUCUGCAAUGUUUAUGUCAUAUCAAGAGGGAAGAUCCAAACUAUGCGAUCGGCCUCACGUCCCGCUCCAACUUCUUCGCCUCUACGAAACUUUUUGCUAAACCAAUCCGGUAUCAAAUCGCAAUCAUCGGACUCGCAAAAGCCUCAGAUUCAAAUAGGACCGGAAAAGCCUCCCAUCGAACCAGCACGAAGAUCACACGAAAACAUCGAGUUCAGGUCUCCAUUCACUAGGAAAGGUUACAAUGGCAAAAUGCCAGGGGAAAUGAGUGUGCCGGAUACUGAUAUUUCUUUUGUUGGCUCGGGAAGGCCGAGCGUCGACAAAUUGUUCCCGACAUACUAUGAUGCCGUGGAUCCAGGACGAAUGCCCCCACGACUGUCGAAUGGCACCGAUGGUGAUAUAUAUCAUAGCUUUGAAUCGCAGCCGUUCGGACGCAAAUCAUUGGAUGUAAACUUACAAGAAUUUUCAUCGAUCUUCUCGGAAGGCGAAAGAUUAUCGACUUCGUCACAGAGUAUGGAAGAAGUAGAGGCUGAGAUGAGGAGGCUGAAGCUGGAACUAAAGCAAACUAUGGAAAUGUAUAGCACAGCCUGCAAGGAAGCACUUACAGCUAAGCAAAAGGCGAUAGAGCUUCAACGAUGGAAAUCGGAGGAAGAACGGAGAAUCGAGGAGGCUAGACUUGCUGAGGAAGCUGCAUUAGCGAUGGUCGAGCAGGAAAAGGCGAAGUCUCGAGCGGCUAUGGAGGCUGCUGAAGCAUCUAAACGGAUCGCGGAGUUGGAAGCACAAAAGAGAAUUAACGCGGAAAUUAAAGCAUUCAAGGAAGCAGAAGAGAAAAAGAAGGCAUUGGAUGCAUUGGCAAACAACGACGUUAGGUAUCGGAGGUACACGAUCGAGGAGAUCGAAGCUGCUACCGAGUUCUUCUCGGAAUCUUUGAAGAUUGGAGAGGGAGGCUAUGGACCUGUUUACAAGGGUUAUUUGGAUCACACACCUGUUGCCAUUAAGGUCUUACGUCCAGAUGCAGCUCAAGGAAGGUCACAGUUCCAACAAGAGGUCGAAGUACUAAGCUGCAUCCGACAUCCGAACAUGGUUCUUCUCCUCGGAGCAUGCCCCGAGUACGGCUGCUUGGUCUACGAGUUCAUGGCAAAUGGUAGCUUGGACGAUUGCCUCUUUCGUCGUAAAGAAAAGUCGAAACCUCUUUCUUGGCAACUUAGAUUCAAAAUUGCAGCUGAAAUCGGCACGAGCUUGUUGUUCCUCCACCAGACUAAGCCCGAGCCACUCGUGCACCGUGACUUGAAGCCAGCCAACAUCUUGCUCGAUUUUAACUACGUUAGCAAGAUUAGCGACGUUGGUUUGGCUAGGCUUGUUCCCCCAUCGGUAGCAGAUAGUGUGACACAAUAUAGAAUGACGUCAACUGCUGGCACGUUCUGCUAUAUCGAUCCCGAGUAUCAACAAACCGGUAUGCUCGGUGUAAAGUCCGACAUAUAUUCUUUAGGAAUCAUGUUUCUUCAGCUGAUUACAGCAAAACCACCCAUGGGAUUGACUCACCAUGUCGGAAGAGCCAUUGAGAAAGGGAAUUUGUCUGAACUUCUUGAUCCAUCUGUUCUUGAUUGGCCAGCUGAAGAAACCUUAUGCUUUGCAGAGUUGGCUUUAAAAUGUGCCGAGUUGAGAAGGAAAGAUCGACCCGAUCUUAGUAAGACCGUUCUUCCCGAGCUCAUCAGAUUACGAUCGGUAGCCGAAGCGAGCUUGUAUUCGUCGGACAAGGAUGGCGUUUAGCAGUCCUGUAUUGAAUGCUUGUCGGAAUUCUACCAGAAGAGUGAACCAAAGCAGUUCAUGAUCUAGCAUAACGCUAUAAAUUCGGUUCUUGAUCAUAACUUCUCGUGGAUCGUCAUCUCAAUCUUGCAAUAGCUCAGGCGUCUUACCGUGCUCGUCGUCGUUGUAAGAUGUUGAUUUCCAAAGAAUGAUGUCUGAAUAUAUCUCCAUUGGGCCAGAAAAGAGAUAAAUUUUGUAGAUAAUUUAGUGUUCAUAUGUAGCAUAUUUAUGUCUAAAGCUGUAAGAAAUUUGUCUAUUCCUAUA